CUUCCGGUUUUACUUUCAUUUUCCCUUUUCUUCAUAAAUUAUUUAAAAUGUCUUCAAUGCAAUGGAAUCAAGAAACAAAAACUAAAUUAAACGAGAAAGUGACAACAAACAUUUUGGAUAUGGCAUCUCUGGCAAGGCAAUUAGUAAGAUCUUCUAGAUCGAAUGAGCUUCUUGCACAAGCAGCAAAGAAUUUUUCUUGCCAAGAACAAAUAAUACAGAAUUCUGCAAAUUCUUUAACAAAAAUGCAGAAUAUCACAACACAGUUGGAAUUCCAAGAAUCAGCAGUAGAGAGAAGUAUGAGUACUAUUGAUGAUAUUCAAGAUCAACUGAAAACUAUACAGAGGUGAAACUAUGGUGGACUUUGAUGUGUAAUUUAUUUGGAAUAAAAAGACAUUCAUGAUUUACUGACCAUUCCAAUUAAAAUUGAAAUGAAGUAGAACUAAACUGAUAUGUGCUGAUCCCUUACAAGGCAGAUAACUUACUUUAUUAUUUCAGUCUGGUUCUGAUUGUGUUUAAUGAUUUUUGGAAAAAGAAAGUUUCAGCCAUAUGUAGUACAUUAUACAAUGUAUGGACAUCUUUAUUGAUCAUAAAAUGUAAUAGACAAUGUUUAAAUUCUCCCAUUUUUUCAUGUAUGUGAUGUCUAAUUUAUGUGCAAUAGUAAUACAUGUAUAUGUAUUCAAAUGUGAUAUUAAUACAAACAAUUGUAUCAAUUUAUAAUAAAAAUACCAAUUAUUUACAGACAA